AUGAAGGUCCGACGCCGUCGCAAGACAUCCAAGGAAGAGCGGGUCUGCCCGGUCUGUGCCCAGGCAUUCAAGAAGGCGGAACAUCUGGCUCGUCAUUUGAGGUCGCAUACGAAGGAGAAACCGUUUGGCUGCCCCGUCUGUCGGAAGGCGUUUGCAAGACAAGAUACCCUCCUACGCCAUUCGCGAUCCCACCCAGUGAGCAAUGCGAACUCUGGUGCGGCCAAAAUGCAUUCCAUGUCGACAGAAGAAGAUCCGGACCCUCGAGAGAUUGCCCCAGAACUUCUGUCACAACCGUCCGAGACUACAGUCAUCGCCGCGGCCGAUCAUCCGCCCAUGCCACUCCAUCUGGACGUGGGCACGAUGGCGGGCCAGAUGAUGGCCCCGAUGUCACCGCCAAACAGCACAUCCUUGGACCAGCACACGCCGAAUCUCUCUAUUGGAGAUAGUGCCAGCCAUCCAUAUCCAAUACAGGUCACCCCUCUUUCCUCCCUCUUUUCGCUGGAGGCCGGCGAUACCUGGAGACCCCAGGCCAGUCCGCAGCCAAUGAUGUGGGACCCCCGGCUGGACCGCGACUGGGAAGCCCUUCUGACCGGAGACGAUUUUGAUUUGGAUGCAGUGAAUCUGUCCCUGCUCUAUGCGACCUCGGACUAUGUUCCAGCCUCAGACGCCUUGUAUAGCAUGGAGGAUUCUCGAGGCUCAUUGCAGCCAUCUUCAACCAUCGACGAUGAUUCUGCCCAACGACGCGCCAAUACGGUCCAAAGGAAAUGGCAUACUUUCUGCGAUCUGCCGACCCCGGGGCAAACGACCCCCAACAUCCCUCACGAGGGAGGUUGGAUUGACGAGCCGUAUCGGAAGCGAUUAGCGGAGCGUCUGCAGCAACGGGUUCAACACGGUAUCUUGCCAUCCACGCCUUUCCUUGACCUGUGCAUCCAAGCCUAUUUUUCUAAGCUUCAUCCUUUCUUUCCGGUGGUGCAUAUGCCGACCUUCCGCCCCGGUACGCAGAAUUCGGUGCUUCUUCUUUCGAUCUGUUCGGCUGGGAGUCUUUUUGUGGGCUCUCCUCGCGCCAUCUCUCACGGCAUUAGCAUGUUCGAACGACUUAAUAAGGCGAUCCUGUCUUCGUGGGAAUCAUACACGGCCAAGGUUGGAGCCUCGUCUUUGGUGGUAUUGCAGGCUUCCAUCAUCGGACAGACAUUUGGUCUACUAAUGGGGAGGCCAAAGGAUUUGACCGGAAUCGAGGUCUGGCACGGUAGCUUAGUUGCUUGGGCACGCAAGGCAAAACUGUUUCAUCUGCAACAUCCCUCGUACGAUCUCCUCAAUCUUGAAGGCCAGUCCCUAGAAGAUGCUUGGCUGGCUUGGAUCCAGAUCGAAGUCAAGAAACGGAUUGUUCUCGGUCUUAUUAUUCAUGACGCUGAACUCGCUCGGCUGCAUCAUCAUGAAACCAUCCUCCGCCACUCGUUUGAUCGUCUGCCCUCCAUCUCCUCUACGGAGCUCUUCACGGCCCCAACUGCCGCCCACUGGAAGAUCCUAAUGCUCGAGUCUCUAUCGCAUGCGCCUUUACAGACACAGAACCCCGAAGCUCCCGGUGACUUUGCGCUCUGCGCGAUGCUCGAGUCCAUCAGCGCUCUCGCCAGCGAGGACUCUCACUUUCCCUCCGAUCCACUAUCUUCAAGUAUCACGACUAGUCCAUCGGAAUCGAUCACGGCCACGACUAGCAGCGCGACCACCACCACCACCUUCUCCCCUUCAUCUCUCCCAUCCCGCCAAUGCCAUGACCUCCUCAUAUCCUGGUACACCCAGUACCACUCCCCCCUCUCUACCAAAGCCAGCUGGCCCGGCCUACUCAUGCUCUGGCACAGCAUCUUCAUCACCCUCCACGCUGAUAUCAACGCCCUCGAAUGUGCCGCCGGCCGCGACGGCUACGCCGCUGCCCAGAAACACAUCCCCUACGCCCGCGCCUGGGUCCGCUCGCCCGCCGCCAAACGCUGCCUCUUGCACGCCCUGCUCAUCCAGCGCACCUUCGAGUCGCUGUCCGCCGGCGCCGACCCGGCCCUCCACGUUCCCAUGUGCCUGUACUACGCCGGCCUGGUCUGGGCAUGCAUCAUGUGCUUCGGCACGGGUGCGGACGAGCUCGUCCUUGCGCCGAAGGAGCAUGUACACUUCGAAGAGCUGCGCCUCCUAGGCGGCGAUGGCAUCGGUCUCUUCCUGGAACAGAUGGGUGAGGUGCAGCCACGGCGGGUGGUGACGGGGUCACUGUUCCGCAUCAUCGAUCUACUACAGCGCAUCAGUCAUUGGAAGAUCGCGCAGAGUCUAGCGACGACGCUAUUAGCCCUGGUCGAGGAGACGCAGGAUUUGUUCUGA